GCGAGAGGGGAGCCGGAAGUGGCUGCCUCGGCGGCGAGAUGGCGUCCGCAGGCUCCCCGGUGGACCGGCUGCCCCCGCCCUUCCCGGUGGAGGCGGAGAGUAAGCCAGAACUCCCGAAGAAGGAAUCCCCAGUGCCUCUGGAAAACGAUUUUAAAACAAACGGCAUCCAAGACGAACAAGAAGACGCUGAUCUAUUUGCAGAUGCCACUGUUGAAUUGUCCCUGGAUAAUACCCAAAACCACAUAAAGAAGGAGUCGACAACAGUGUUCAGUCCUGUCCCCUCUCUAGAAGGCACAACUCAUUCCUCUUCUAAGCAACAAUCCAAAACCUACGAGGAGCUGGAAGAGGAAGAGCAGGAAGAUCAAUUUGAACUUUCCGUGGGAGUGAGCGAUCCAGAGAAAAUUGGUGAGUUGCCGUGCAAUGGGAGGCAUUUGACAGAGUGGUGUGAGAGAUUCUUCAUGCGAGUAAACGGGACUUCUGUGCUCCCAUUCUGCAGAUACAUUCAGAGAACCGUAAGCCACCCCACCAUGCUGCAGGACCCAGAUGUCCGGGAAUUCUUGGAAAAGGAUGAGCUGCCACGGGCUGUUGGCACCCAAACCUUGAGCGGAGCCGGCCUCCUGAAGAUGUUCAACAGAGCCACUGAUGCAGUCAGCAAAAUGACCAUCAAGAUGAACGAAUCGGACAUUUGGUUUGAAGAGAAACUCCAGGAAGUGGAAGGCGAGGAACAACGUCUGCGGAAGCUCCACGCAAUUGUAGAAAUGCUGGCCAAUCACAGGAAAGAGCUGUCGUUGAAUACCUCUCAGUUUGCCAAGAGCCUGGCUAUGCUGGGCAGCUCAGAGGACAACACGGCCUUGUCUCGGGCUCUUUCCCAACUGGCCGAGGUGGAAGAGAAGAUCGAGCAGCUGCACCAGGAACAGGCCAACAGUGACUUCUUCCUCCUGGCGGAACUCCUGAGCGACUACAUCCGUCUCCUGGCUUCCGUGAGGGGUGCCUUUGACCAGAGAAUGAAGGCUUGGCAGCGCUGGCAAGACGCCCAGGUCACGCUGCAGAAGAAACGGGAAACGGAGGCCAGGCUUCUGUGGGCCAACAAACCCGACAAACUUCAGCAAGCCAAAGAGGAGAUCUCGGAGUGGGAAUCUCGCAUGACUCAGUAUGAACGGGAAUUUGAACGUCUCUCUGCUACCCUCCGGAAAGAGGUCUUACGGUUUGAGAAAGAAAAAACAAAAGAUUUCCGGACACACGUGACCAAAUACCUGGAGACGUUGCUCCAGUCACAGCAGCAGCUGGUGAAAUACUGGGAAGCCUUCCUCCCGGAAGCGAAGGCCAUCUCCUAAGCAGGCUGGGGUCAGCCUUCCUCCUGAACUGGACUUGCCUUCAUCACUUAAUACCUCUUGGCCUUGGAUCCCGCAGAGCUCUGAUCCUCCUUCGACCAAGGAGCUGUUUCCCCAGCUAGUAACUCUUCUAACUGUAUAUUAUUAUUAUUAUUAUUAUUUUUCCAUUUAGAUUCAUAUAUAAAUAUAUACACACACACGCACACACACACACACACACAUAUAUAUUUUCCUAUUGAAAAGAGACUCGCUUCCUGCUUUGCAACCCCAGGAGUAGGGGAGCGCAGGCAGGGCAGGGGCACCACGGUUUUCGGACUUCGAUGUUGAAGCCACGCAGGACUUUCGGUGGCGCCACCCACGGCAAAUGAAAUAAAACUUAAAAUCAGGGCAAG